AUGAACUUGAACAACCAGCCCGACAACCAAGAAAGCGACCACCAGUUUCGCCCGGUAUGCUUCGACUCCCCUCUGGGCGGAACGGCCACUGCUCAGGUUCCCCCGCCACCAGGGCCUUCACUGGGGAAGCGACAACUGCUGCUGCUGCUGCUGCUGCUGCUGCAACUGGAGCUGCUGAAACGUGUUCGCCUUGACCCCCAACUUGUUGACCCCUUGGGUAAUGCUGCUCUGCCAAAACUGUUCCAUGCAGGGUUCGAAUCCGUAUCGCAAAAAGAACCACUGGUCCAAUCUACGGCGACAACGCCAGUGCCCCCCCAAGAAACCACAGUGUCCGCCCAACCAAAUAAGAAGCCCGCUCGCUUUGUCAGAAGAUUCAGGUCCCGCCUGUUACCAAUAAUCAAUUAUCUGCAAAGACUGCCUGGUUACAAACUGCAUUUCUCCACCGCAGCGGCUCUGCUGGCCCUGACAUUGCUGAAACACCCUCAUCCUCGUCAUCAUCAUCACCAUUUGGGAACUCUGAUCCCCCCUCUCCCUCCGAUCAAUUUACAAUCGCUCAAGGAAAUUGAUUUACAUGAAAUCCUCAAAAACCCUCAGUUGCGCCACGACAUAUUAUUUGACCCUCAAUUACAAUUCCGGCCAAAUUUGGAUGGUGAACGAGGAAAGCGGAAAAAGUCUAUCAUUGAUAAGUAUUGGUUGGAAAUUCAGAAGGAAUGUCGUCAAUAUUUUACACCUCCCAGUGGCCCCAUAAAAAUCAAUCGCUUACCUAUUUUAUUUCAAACUUUGCGAGAUGUUCUCCUCUCGCUCUUGCCCAACAAGGACCGUCCUCAAGUCAAUGAAAUCAUGGAUAUUGAGCUAUUGGUCCAACAGCUUAAUCACGGUUCUUUUGAUUUCGUGGAGAUGGCUCGAUGGUUGGGUGAUGUGUUCAAAAGCCACUGCGCCCCCAUGCGUGAUGGCUGGGUGCUGGAGAUGAUUCAAAAGUUUGUUGAUGCUGAGCGGCAACAUCUGGUAGAGCUGCUUGUUGCUGGAUUGCGGCUGAUUUUCCAAAUCUUGGAGGCUAUGAAGUUGGAUGUCGCCAACCAUCAAAUUCGCAUUCUCCGGCCAGUACUUAUUGGUACGGCCGUAGACUUCGAGCGGGAGUAUUUUCAACUGCUCAUUUCCCACAACAAGAUUUACAUUGAUGAUUCCUUGACUUGGUUCUACAAAAAAUAUUCUCAGGCAAUCAAGCUGGGGGAUGUACGUCCCGAUGACUACAGUGACACUACUCUCAAACCGGUUAUCAUUUCGCUGAUAAUCGACCUUCUUUCCUGUCGUCACAUGGCAACCGAAUUCCCAACAACACUUGCGUUUGACCACACACGGUUGGUUUUACUCCGGGCUGAUGUCCGUCAACUAGUGUGUGUCCAGUUAUGUCUGGUGCUCUAUCGUCAAUUAGCGGCUAAAAAGCCUUCACGGUUGGCGCCUCUGGUGAUCUCCCAAGUGCAGCAAGAAAUCUUACUGAUAGUAACUGAUGACAAUGGUAACAUCAAGUGGACGAAGAACAUCCAAGCGAUUGCCCUUCAACUUGUCAAAAAUGUUGUCUCAUCUCCUGCCACAGCGGUUCUGUCAAAAUUGCCCCAAGAUGUUGUGGAUUUUGCCUACCAUUGGCUUAUCAAGCACAUUCAGCCACUGCUGCCAGUGUAUGGUCUUAUGGAGCUGAAAGUUUUUAAGGAUCUUCUCUCAGAGAUCAUGAUCACGAUCGACGAGGAAGCGCCAGCUUUGGCGGCGUCGCAAUCGUCGAGCCAACACACAUCGUCAGCACCCGCCAAACUGGAGCUGCUGGAACUCAAAAACAUCGCUCAACGAAUUCUGACUCUAGGCAAAUUCCAUUGGUCGGUUUUUGGUUGUAACUACACCGAGUACAUCAAAAUGCACACACCGCCACCUGCGGUGACUCCGGUGGAGAAUGAACCGAAGCUGAGAUCAAAUUCUUUUGAUGACGAGGUGGAUGAUACGGCUUCUAGACAAGUUACUGAAGCCCCUGCAUUGGAUGAAGUGACUGCAGCAGUUAUUUCGACAUGA